CCGUGGGCGGCGCGGGGCGAGCUCAACGCGAGCGUGAUGGACUUCACACCAAACUACAUCUGCGACGCGGACGCGAUGGCACGCAUCCACGACAGCGCCGCGGGGAGGCCCGAGGCGGUCAAGUUCAUCGUAGUGGUUCGCGACCCGGUGGCGCGCGCCUUCUCGGAGUGGUCGAUGUUUGCGCUCGGCUGGAACUGGGAUCCGGUCAAGAACUUCUCGGCGGCGAUGGCGUACAAGCUGCAGGCGCUGCAGAGGUGCAACCGCUCCCUCUACCUCAACGUCAGCAGGCUGCGCCAGCUGCCCACCACGGAGCUCGCCGCGUACCUGCGGAAGUGCUUCGACUACGGCCGCGCGACAAUGUAUGCCACCAGCUCGAUGUACUCCGCUUGCCUGCUGCACGCGCUCCGCUACUUCAAGCGGGAGCAGUUCCUUGUCCUCCGGUACGAGGACCUCAUGGCGAUGGACGCGACCGCGACGCUGCGGCUCCUCUCGCGCUUCACCGGCCUCCAUCUCGACGACAGCACGGCGGCCAAGGCGCGAGGCCAGUGCCAACCCGCGAGGCUGCGCGCGGGCAAGCAAGGCAAGGCGGACGCCCCGCCGAACGCCUACUCGUCGUCCUCGCCGCACGCGGCGGAGAUGCUCGCCGAGGCGGCGCCGCAGCUGGAGGCCGUCUUCGCGCCGUACAACGCGCUGCUGCGCGAGCUGCUGCACCCUCGCCUCUCGUGGGCUGCGAGCGACCACCGCAAGGUGCCGCUCAGCGCUGAGGCCAAGGCGCGGGUGGCCGCGGAGCGGUACCAGCGCCGCCUGGCGCUGCGCAGGCGGCAGGUGAGCCGAAGGGUGGCGCAGAUCGAGAGGGCGGCCGAGGUGCGGUCGCGGAUCGGCGGAGCCGCGGCCGCCGCUGGCCGCGGGGCGGGGAGAGGCGCAAUUGCGCGGGGCGCGAGGAGGAGGGGCGGGGCCCGGCGGUUGCCGGGGCGCCGUGGGGAAGCUCAUGAAGGUGCUGCCUCGAGGUGAACGAAAGAAAGAACGAGACGAACGUCAAAUGAAGUAGUACGCAUUCGAGCGCCGCGCAGUUUUGCGAGCGGGUGCAGUUUUUGCGGGUGCAGAUUCGCGGGUGGAGAAAAUUGCU